AUGUUUUUGAGAAGUACCAUCCAUCGAGCUGCGAAAGGCGUCUUUUUCAAUACGUCUUGUCUCUCCGCACAUGGAUUCUCUAGUCGUGUUCCAGGGCUGAUUGGCUCGCAGUUUCGUCGAAUAACUGGCCCAACAUUUGGAAAAUGCGGCCGUCUAAGACGAAUCGAUGACCCCAGCAAUAUCGUCAGGUGGAAGCUACAGAGCCAUUUUCCCUGGGGCUGGGUGGUCUAUCGAAUUUCAUACAGCGACGAAGAAGCAUGGCAGAAAAUGCUUCAUAUCAUGCGCGAAGAGGUCGUAGACUCUCUCAAAACAUACACACGGAUGGAUCUGCUUCCUUUCCAUGAGAUGAUCAUCAUGGAUGAUAAGGCUAAAUUCGACGGCGCCACGUCGCAUGAUAUCCGUGAUCACUUCACUAUGUGGGUUGCUGAUACCGUAGUGCCCAAAAUGAUUACUGCGCCCUCCGAGUCUGAAAUGAAGGAGCUACGAGAUCCCUACAAGGAGGAUCCCGGUCCAGAAUGGAUUAUGGGCACUCGGUACAAUUUCUGCCUAUUCGUUGAUGACAUCUGCCUGGAGUCUAUGGAGCAUAUGACAACGCCGGUCGUAAAGAUACUGGCCAAAAACUUUGGCGCGCGGAAACCAGAGGAUAGACAUUAUGCAGUAUAUCCAGGAUGGGAGGAUGGCGAAACAGAAGAAAGUGACGAGGACGUUGGCUGGAUGUAUACUUCGGUUGUGGAAAUUGUCGAGAAUUACAAUAUGAUGAUGGAGACGCACGAGUGGUAUGACGAAUAUCGGCGGCCGCCUAAUAUAUGGUACCCAUGGACCAAAGAUGAAUUUCCGGGUUACUGGCGUAAGCGCACGAAUGUUGAAUAA